AUCGUCUAGUUUCACUCCCCUCUCUAUACCAGUUAUUUAUCCAUCUUUAAAAAAUGCCUGUAUCUCGGGAAUUACAACUGCCGAGUGGUGAUAGGAUACCCACUGUUGGUUUUGGUACCUGGACAAUGUGGAGAGGUGACAAGGGUGAAAUGUGUAAAGCUGUUAAAGAAGCUAUAAAAGUAGGAUAUCGCCAUAUUGACUGUGCCUGGGUUUAUAAAAACCAAGAGGAAGUUGGUCAAGCUAUUAAAGAAAGUAUUGAAGAAGGAACUAUUAAAAGAGAAGAUUUGUUUGUUACCACUAAGCUCUGGAACACAGCACAUCGUCGUGAAGCGGUAAAGGAAAACUUGAAGAACUCAUUGGUUCAACUUGGAUUAAGUUAUGUCAACCUUCUUUUAAUUCAUGUUCCAGUUUCUUUCAAGGAAGGUGAGGACGAUUUUCCUAAAGAUAACGAUGGCAAGAUCAUAUUUGCCCAUCAUGACCUUGUUGACACGUGGAAGGGAAUGGAAGAUUGUGUAGAUGCUGAUCUAGCCAGAAAUAUCGGAUUAUCUAAUUUUAAUCAUUUACAAGUACAGAGAAUUAUUGAUGCUUCAAGAAUACGACCAUCUGUUAUACAGGUAGAAAUUAACCCACUAUUUUCGAACAGUCAGUUGGUUGAAUACUGUCAGAAGAGAGAUAUAGUUGUAACAGCUUACGGUCCUCUUGGUGCCCCUAAUAGACCAUGGAAGACCGCAGAUGAUCCAAAUCUGUUAGAAAAACCAGUCGUAAAACAGAUAGCUUCGGCGAAAGGAAAAACACCUGCUCAGAUUGUAUUGAGAUGUCUACUACAGCGCGGUCUGGUUAUCAUUCCUCAAAGUUCAAAUCCUGCUCGAAUCAAAGAAAAUUUCGAGUUGUUUGAUUUUGAAUUAAAUGAAGAUGAGAUGAAGAAGAUGGCGGCGUUAGACCAAAACUUCAGAGCUUAUUUGGAGGAAUUAUGUAUGGGUCAUCCUGAAUACCCCUUUAACGAUUGGUGAGAUCAACCACAGCGAUGUAAUAACAGAGAUCACCAUUCCUAUACUUAAUAAUAUACUGUUUCUGUACACAAUAGUCAAAACAGAAAUAAAAUAAUUGCCAUUCG